AUGCAAGAGAAGCCUACAACAGUAGCCGCUUAUGCGGCCGGGGCCUCUCUCGCUGCCGUCGCCCUGUUUUAUGUGUUUGGACCCAACUACACGAUCGACGGCGACGAGUCCAACGAUAACAACCGCAAGAAGAGCAUCGUAGGCCUGUCCAACCUAGCCAAUGACUGCUUUAUCAAUUCGGUUCUUCAGGCCCUAGCCGGCCUUGGAGAUCUUCGCGUAUAUCUCAUUCGAGAGCUGCAUCGUCGCGAACUGGACGGACCGGAGGUUUAUCACGCGGUAUCGAGCCAAGAUGACCAAUUACGUGGAGCGAAGGAAGACAAGAUGCGGGAAUUACAACAAGGAUUGAUUACAAAGGCAUUAAAAGAAAUGCUGGAUCGGUUGAACGAGCGGCCUAUCUAUAAAAAGACUAUCUCAGCGCGGGGGUUCAUACAGUCUUUAGAGUUCGCGUUCCGGACGCGCAUUAGCCGCAAUCAGCAGGACGCGCAGGAGUUCCUGCAGAUCGUCUUGGAGCGUCUUUGCGACGAAUACCAUGCUGGCGUACGCGCAAGAAAGCAAGCGCUGCGUCCUAAUGGUGUGUCUGCUAGUCCCAAUGUGGCGUGGACAGAGUCUGAAGCCGAUGUACCAGAGAGCCCAGCUGAGGUGGAGGUACGUAUUGAUGAUGGCACGCCUAACGGUCUCCCUGCCAUAAUUGAUACGAAAUUGAAAGAGAUAGAAAAUGAACCGGGAUUUUUAUUUGAGGGGAAGCUGGAGUCGCAGAUUGAGUGCCAGUCUUGUCACUAUCAAUAUAAACCGAACCAGACGUCAUUCGUCAACCUUACGCUACAAGUACCGCAGAAGAGCUCAACGACGCUCAACGCCUGUUUUGAUGGUUUAUUGAAAACCGAAUAUAUCGAAGAUUUCCGUUGUGAUCGGUGUCGACUUCAGCACGCGAUAGACGCCAAGAAGCAAGAAAAGGCUAGAACACGUUCAUCGACCGAGUCAGAACGUCUGGACAAUGAAAUUUCCCGUAUCCAAGAGGCAUUGGAGAAGGACCCAGAGGCUGAGCUGAAGGGCAUCGUAUUCCCACCUGCAGACUCUGCGCCAAAACGACGCAUUGCCCGUCAUAUGCGUAUCACUGCAUUUCCCAAAGUCAUUGCUAUUCACUUGUCGCGUUCGAUUUUCGAUCGCAGCAGCUCGACAAAGAAUGCUGCUAAGGUAUCAUUCCCUGAGCGACUUCCCCUGGGAGGAAUCUUAAACCAGACCUGGUACAAGGUACUAGCAAUUGUCUGCCACAAGGGUAGCCAUCACAGCGGUCAUUACGAGUCCUUCCGUCGCAAUAACCUCUAUGCUCCCUUUUCUACCCCCGAAGCAUUUGGUUCCUACGCCCAGAGUCGCGUCACCAGCCAAAAUCCUUCAGAGGCUCCAAGUCCUCGAUUGGUACCACUCAAUCCAGAUGAUAUUGGGGGUAGCAGUAACAAUAUUUCACCUGCGACCUCGUCGACUUCACUCUCGGGUGCAUCCCAGUCAGGCACCCAGCUGUCCCCAUCAGCAGCACGCCCCACUACUUCCAGUUCUCGCCGCUCCUUCCCGAGCACCUUCUCUCGAUCCUCUACACCACAACCUACGACUUCGGAUGUUCAUAGCCCGACGACAGAAGCAGGUCGAGCAAGUAUUUCGUCUGCCCCACGAUCAUCUCGGACCAUCCCGCGCUCAUCGGUGGAAACCCCCACGGGGCUUGGUUCCCGACUUCGUCGUCGUCGCAAGGCGAAUGACCGGUGGUGGCGGAUCUCCGACGAAAAAAUCAAAGAAUGCAAAACCUCGGACGUGCUGGGCAUGCAGAAGGAAGUAUAUCUUUUGUUCUACGAGAUGGAGCGACCUGAGGCCAACCCUGCCUUUGCUGAGGGGCGUUUAUAG